CGAUUCCCGUGCAGCACCGUUCUGUAAUCGUACUUUGACCCUCCUCGCUCCCACUAGCAUGUCACAAAAAAACAAGGUGGGAUCGGAAGUGUUAUGGAAAGAGGCAAAAUAAAGAAAAAACACAAAGGCACCAAUUCUGGCGGUGGGGACCAGGAGGGAAGGGAGAAAAACAUCAACAUGGCUCAGCCUGAGAAGCGUUACAAGGUGGUUUUCCCAGCAGUGAUUGCUUUGCUGGUUGCCAUUUGCGUGGCAGAAAUCCCCUCAUGCCACCCCCGGCAUAAGGCUGCAGUGGUAAAGAUGGACGAGGCCUCUCUCACUGUGAACAAUGAGCUGGACGCUGAAAUGGUUGUGAGCUGGCUAUCAGACCACUGCUAUCAGUGUGUGUACCAGCCCCUGGGUGUGGUGCCAGCGGGCCCUGGACCAGGCUUACCCAGCUCAGUGGACUUCACCGUGGGCACACAGCAUGGCAUCACCCUGCAGCUCAACAGCAGCCCCGUCAGCCUGGAACUCUGCAGGGUUCAUUACCACUUUUGGGAGCAUGGUAACUACUCUCUGUGGGUCAAGAACCUGAACGACUCCUCAGUGGUCAACUGUUCCAUGAUCACUGACACAGAAACGGUCAACAGCUACCUGCCCAUCAUGGUGGCCUUUCUGUUGUUCACGGGACUGGCUGUACUGUCUGCUAUUGGAGCUACUGUCACGGGGCUGGACGUGGUUAAAAACCUGAUGUUCCGAUUGGGCAACUCCAUGGAAACUGAGAGGCUCAUCAACUCGGACCUGGGGUUUCCAUGCAGGACGGUGGAGACGGCCACAGACACCAUCCUCCCCACCCCCGCCACCCCCAGCCGGAGGCUCCGAUCCCUGGACACUUUCAGAGGGCUGUCCCUGGUCAUCAUGGUGUUUGUGAACUACGGAGGAGGGAGGUACUGGUUCUUCAGACACGAGAGCUGGAACGGACUCACAGUUGCUGAUUUGGUCUUUCCCUGGUUUGUGUUCAUCAUGGGCACAUCUAUAUCCCUGUCUGUCAGCUCAGCCCUGCGAUGUGGUUUGUCACGUUUCUCUCUGUUCACCAAGGCAGUUUGGAGGAGUGUUCAGCUCUUCCUCAUAGGACUCCUCAUCAUCAACCCCAACUACUGCCAGGGACCACUAUCAUGGGACUCCCUGCGUAUCCCUGGCGUGCUUCAGCGUCUGGCCUUCUCCUAUCUAGUGGUGGUCUCUCUGGACCUCUGUGUGGCCUGGAACAGCCUGGACAACCUUCCUGUGGAUGCUUGGUGGUACUCUGCUCGUGAGUUCCUGCUCUACUGGCCAGCCUGGCUGUGUGUGGUCGUCUUGGAAACCGUGUGGCUCUGUCUCACCUUCCUGCUCCCUGUUCCUGACUGCCCAAGUGGUUAUUUGGGCCCGGGUGGUAUUGGGGACAUGGGCCAGUACCCAAACUGCACUGGGGGAGCAGCUGGAUAUGUAGACCGUUGGCUACUGGGAGAGAAGCACAUCUAUCAAACACCUUCCUCGCGGGUGAUCUACAAGUCUCACCUGCCCUUUGAUCCAGAGGGAGUCCUUGGCAGCAUCAACUCUGUCCUCAUGGCUUUCCUGGGACUACAGACAGGAAAGAUUCUCCUCCACUACAAGGACCAGCACUCCAGUAUAAUGGCCCGGUUCCUCAUAUGGAGCCUGGUUCUGGGAAUCACAUCAGCCGUUCUGACCAAAUGUUCACUAAAUGAAGGCUUCAUCCCCAUCAACAAGAAUCUAUGGUCUCUCUCCUACGUGACCACCCUGGCGUGUUUUGCCCUGCUGCUCCUGGUGUUGAUCUACUACACAGUAGAUGUGAAGAGGUGGUGGUCUGGGGCGCCCUUCUACUACCCCGGUAUGAACUCCAUCCUGGUGUACGUGGGCCACGAGGUCCUAGAGGAGUACUUCCCGUUUCGCUGGCGCAUGGCCGACAGCCAAUCCCACGCAGAGCACCUGACCCAGAACCUAUUGGCCACUUCCUGCUGGGUCCUCAUCUCCUUCCUGCUGUACCGGAAGAACAUCUUCUGGAAGAUCUAGAGGGCCAGGACGCGUUUCAAAGUGUCUUUCUUCAAGUCCUCUAAAGAUUUAGGGGGAAGGUCUGAAGGGGCCGGGCUGCGUCUCAUAAGUAUUUUCUCAGGUCUUUCUGAAGGAUCUUACUCUCCUCAAUUCCUUGUGUCCUUUAACCAACGAUCCACUCACUGGGAGAUGUUGAGCUGGGCCGUAGCUCAAUAGUCUCCUCAAUUCCUUGUGUCCUUUAACCAACGAUCCACUCACUGGGAGAUGUUGAGCUGGGCCGUAGCUCAAUAGUCUCCUCAAUUCCUUGUGUCCUUUAACCAACGAUCCACUCACUGGGAGAUGUUGAGCUGGGCCGUAUCUCAACAGUCUCCUCAAUUCCUUGUGUCCUUCAACCAACGAUCCACUCACUGGGAGAUG